AUGAAACCAAAGAAGAAUGAUCAUUUUACAGUUGUGAUGGCACCAGCACCAGACAAAUGCAGUAAGCCAGUAGAAACAUGGAAAUCCUGGAAAGAAAGCAAUAAAUCGGAGACAAGUAUUGGCGCGGUUCGCCAACAAAUCAAGAUCUUAUUUAAAGAAGUGGUCGUAAAAGACGAUAAGGAAACAAAACAAGGAGCUCUCAAAGCAAGCGAUGAAGCCGUAAAGGGGACAUCGGACGGUGCGCAGUUUCUUCACUUCUGGUGUAUCCACGGAUAUCCGUCAGAAUAAGCAAAUAAGGAGAAAAAGCUCAAGAAAAAGGAAGCAACAAGGACUGAAAAGCAGAGGUCAAAGAAAGUUGAGAAAGAAGAAGAGGGAGAAGAGGUAAAAGAGAAAGAAGCGAAGAAGAGCGAAAAGAAGGAGGACGAAGAAAAGGAACAGGGUAAGUCAAAGCAAGAAGAUUCUAAGAAAUCAGCAAAAGACGAGGAAGACGAAGAGGAGGGAGACGAGGAGGAAGACGAGGAGGAAGAAGAGGACCGAGAGGAAAAGCGCACUAGAGUAAACGAAGGAAGUUUAUACGGAAUAGUUAAAAAGAAGGAUGGUGAGGAUGCGGAAGAUGGAAAUGAGUGA